UAGCAGCUUCGAGAAGCUAAGCGUCGAGUGUGCCUCCUGCUGUCAUUUCAAUGACUGAUAGAACUUCACCCAAACUGGUGUCGUCACCUCUCCCAAGACCGAAAUGAUUAUCCCUGCCCGAUGGGUCUACAUUCAUCCCUGAAUGUCGUCAGGUACUAUUCACUUCCCCGCCAUUCUUGUAACUGUCACCUGUCAUCUGCGCAGGUGUGUCCGCACCCUGUGGAGUAGACGAGAAAGAAAGGAUUUCUCAGAGCAACCCCCCAGGUUCCAGACCUAGGAGUACUUUCCAUAUGAGCAUUCAAUAGGUCGUCUAAGGGUUCGCUGUGGUUCAUUGUUGUGCUUACACACUAGGCUACCCUUGUUUGAAAGCUCCGUGCGACCACCUACCACAGGUCUUCGGCCGGAGGGGUUUAUUGCACCGCCAGGAUGCUGGCUCCUGCAGAGGAAAGCCCCACAAAUGUCAGAUGCAAAGCCCUGCACCUCAUUAAGAUUAUAUUGGCAUACUCUCCCAAAAAAGAAAGAGCAAACCCCAUUGAAGAUGGGAGUGAGGUACAACAAGGCCAUUUCCAUCCGCCGCCCUUCUCACGGGGCAGUACGUGGACGUUACCACUCAUACAGCUCCCAGCCAGCUAGUGUUAGCCUUCCUCUACAAGGAAUGGAAGUGUGGAUGACUCCCAAAGCGAAUUGACAAAGCACUCGCAAAGUGAAGCGUUCACGUCACGAGCCAAUUUUAAAGUCAAGGUGUACAUGUCAUUCAAAGUUGCGAGUGUCAA